AUGCUGCAUGCUGAAGCUGAAGCGCGAUCAGUGGGGCAUCUCUCCAACAAUGAGCCUCUUAAGCGGUCCGCACCGGAUAUAUCUAGUCAGUCUUCGUCGGACGCCGGUCGGUCGUUAGAAGUCACGGUCGCAGAGCAUCGCUCCGCUCGUCGCCACCCACCGAUACCGUACGACGUCACAUCUGUCGCACAAGGUAACCCCGCCGGUCAAGACGCUGCAGGGGGUCUUCGCGGAUCAGGCGUCGCGACAGCGCAGCAGUUUCCUUUCCCCAUUCCCAUUCCUCCCGCGGCGAACCGCCCUACCGGUCCCAUCAUUCCCGUUGACCCUCCUCCCCUCUUCAACUUCCCACCCGCACCGAACCGCCCUACCGGGCCCGUGUUCCCGUUUCCCCCGGCCCCGUCCCGACCGCCAAUCAACGUGCCUCCUAUCAACCCUCCGCCUACCACGUUCCCACCCCCUGUCGCUGCCCCACCUCCGCCUGCGAAAAGCCCACCGCCACCGGCUAACCCGCCUCCGAAGCCGCCCGUUAACCCGCCUCCUAAGCCGCCCGUUAACCCGCCUCCUAAGCCGCCCGUUAACCCGCCUCCUAAGCCGCCUGUUUUCCCGCCUCCUAGGCCGCCGAAGCCUCCCACUAACCCGCCUCCUAAGCCACCUAUCUAUCCUCCUCCUCGGCCUCCCCCCUCUCCACGCCCACCUCCUCCCGCGCCUUCUCCUCCCCCACCUCGCCCCCCCAAUCCCCCUCCACGCCCGCCGUUGACCCCCCCGAAGCCGCCUCCUCAGCCCCCGAAGCCACCGGCUAGUCCCCCCAACCCCCCGCCACGCCCCCCGAAGCCGCCAUUGACUCCCCCGAACCCGCCACCACGUCCCCCCAACCCGCCACCUGUCCCGCCGCCCGCGCCGCUCCGGCCCCCUCCCAGUCCUCCUGCCCCUCCCCCUCUGAUACCUUCCCCUCCCCCCGACAUAAGUCCUCCUCCCCCGGUCCUUCCGCCCGCCCCAACCCCGUUCCCGCCCCCGGUCACUCCCUUCCCUCCCCCUUUGCUACCAUCCCCAUUUCCUCCGCCUUCCCCGCCGUUCGUCCUUCCGCCGCCUCCGCCCGAAUCGUCGGGGCUAUCGAUGGGGGCGAUCAUAGGCAUUGCGGUCGGCGGCGCCGUGGGGCUGAUUUUCCUCGUCACGUGCGGCCUCCUCGCCUUCUUCUUCCUCGUGCCGAAAAAAAAAGAGGGCGAACGAACGCGCACCCGCGGCGGCGGCGGCGGCAGCGCGGCCCCAGGGACCGUGGGCGGCGCGGAGAAGGCGCCGUUUUACGCGCAGCCGCAUCUGGUCCGCGGGGUGCGCGGGCGGCAGGCGGCAGCUGCGGCUGCGGCCGGGGUAGCGGCCGGCGCGGCUGCCGGCGGAGCGGCAGCGGCGGCGGCGGCUGCAGGUGGCGGGCCUGGCGAGGACGAGGACAGCGAGGAGGGCAAUAACGCGUAUGGCGACGGCGCGCCUGCUGCUGGCGAGGAGGAAGAGGAGUAUUACGAAGACGAGGGCGGGGCGGCGGGAGAAGGGGAGGAAGGAGACGAGGAUCUUUAUGAGGAAGGGGAGGGCGACCGGGAAGUUAAAGGGGAAGCGGAAGGGGAAGCGGAAGUGGAAGGGGAAGAGGACGAUGAAGACCUAUACGGGGCUGGUGACGACAGCGGCGGCCCUUAUUUGGGAGAGGACUCAGGAGGGGGAGCAGGCGGCGCGGGCGCAAUCGCUGGCGCAGCCGCCGGCGCGGGGAUCGUGGCCGGCGCAGCAGCCGUGGCGGGCGGCGCGGCAGCCGCCGUCGCGCUGGGGGACGGCGACAGGAUGAGCGAAGAAGCAGACGACGAGUGGUGGUUCCCUUACGAGGAACUCGAAGAAGCCACAGACGGAUUCUCAGACAGCAACAAGCUUGGGGAGGGCGGGUUUGGGCCUGUGUACCGGGGCAUAUUGGCGGACGGAAUGCCCGUGGCGGUGAAGGUGCUGAAGGUGGGGGGACACCAGGGGGAGCGCGAGUUCCGCGCGGAGGUGGAUAUAAUCAGCCGCGUGCAGCACAAGCACCUGGUGACGCACCUGGGCUACUGCAUCGCCAGCGCGCAAAGGCUGUUGGUGUACGAGCUCGUGCCCAAUGGAUCGCUGGAAGACGCCUUGCAUGGCGAGGGCCGUCGCCUGCUGGCGUGGAAUUUUCGCAUGAAGAUCGCUCUGGGCGCCGCCAAGGGCCUCGCUUACCUGCACGAGGAAUGCAACCCGCGCAUCAUCCACCGGGACAUCAAGUCGUCCAACAUCCUCCUCGAUAAGGACUACGAGGCCAAGGUGGCGGAUUUUGGUGCUGCCAGGCUGGCAGCAGAGGACGCCAUGCCAAUCAUCACACGUGUAGUUGGCACUUUCGGGUACCUGGCGCCAGAGUAUGCAUUGACAGGCAAGCUGACGGAGAAAUCGGACGUGUUUUCGUUUGGAGUGGUGCUGCUGGAGCUUAUAACGGGGAAGAGGCCCGUGGAGCAGGAGAAGCCGCAGGGCAGCGACAGCCUCGUGGAAUGGGCGCGCCCCCUGCUAGUGGAUCGGGCAAUGGAGGAACUGGCAGACCCAGAGCUGGAUGGGUGCUACGGGCAGCGGGAGAUGGAGCGGCUAGUCACUGCUGCUGCACUCUGUGUGCGCCAGUCCGCUGUGCUGCGCCCCCGCAUGAGCCAGGUGGUGGCGAUGAUAGAGGGGCGAGGCGAUGUGGAGGUGGAGGCCACAGACGACGAGUCGGCUGCCGGGUUGCGGGAGAGUGCGGAGUUUUCAGGAGGGGAGAUGGGGAGUCGAGAGGACAUGUACCCUGAGGAGAUUGUGCAGCAGUAUCCGCACAGUGCCGAGAGCAAGGGGAGCGCUGGGGCCAAGGGCAGGAAGGGGCGCAUGGCAGCGCUAGCAGCAGCAGCAGCAGAGCUCACACCAGGCCACACCUUCACUUCUGUCACCUCUGCUACUAGCACAGACCCACUCAUUGCCAACACCUCCCCCUCCUCCCAGGGCCAGAUGCAGCCUCCCCCAGAUGCACCUCCCCCUCCCACACAGGCAGGGCCCUCUGGGCCCAUGCCGUUGCCGCUGCCGCCCGGGCGCAAAGGGGGUGGUGGUAACGGUGGUGGGUGGAGAGGAAAGUGA